UGCUGACAUGUGUACAGUCAUUCACAGGAGCUGCCCAAAGAGGGGAUAGGUACUGUAUUUAUUAUAGGGCGGUCUCGGCUCCGUGCUCGCUAAAACGGCAGGCGCAGAGAUUUGGCACCGCCAUUCUUACCCAGUAACGCGGACCAUAUUCUCAUUUGAACCUCCUCAUCCUCUCUCAAGCAAACUCCGACUGACCGACCAACCCAACAACUCCACACAACACAUCUGGCGAUUGCAUCGCGGAUCCUCUGUACGUCGCAUACCCCUCUUUUUCUAUUUGCAUCCUUCUAGCGGCGUGGUCGGAUGUUAGCGGCUAACGUAGAACCAACAGAACUUCUCUUUCACCCUACUGCGCCUCGACCUGAAAGCCUCAACACCACACCCAUACCGACAACCACCUCUACACCUCACAAAACCGACGAUAUGGCGUUGAAGAGAAUCAACAAGGAACUCACAGAUUUGGGCCGGUAUGUCUACGACUUCUCCUUCACCGCUACCCUCGAGAACGAAGUCAUCGUAGUGGGGUGGGCAUCACGAGCGGGGUCCCUUGCAACAUCAUCAAGAACUUCGAAUUUGAGGCAAAUACACGAUGAGAAGGAUCAUAUGGCUGACGAUAUCUCUAUUGUAGUGACCCACCAUCCUCCUGCUCUGCAGGUCCUAUCGGCGAUGAUCUGGUACGUAAAGCUCGAUACUGCUAGAUGUCCUCUCAACCUGACAAAGACAUCAUAUGGCUGGUACGUACUACGAGGAGGAGCAUGCACUGACUUGGUGAUUAUCAAUAGUUUCACUGGCAAGCUACUAUCAUGGGUCCCGUAAGUUGAAUUUUCUUAUCAUAUUGGUAUUUAGGUGGCGGGCUUUGCCGCUGAUAGAUGAGGCUGAAUCUCCUCGAAACUAUAUCAUGACGAAAUAUUUACUGACGCAAAUCUCAGUCGGACUCUCCAUACUCGGGAGGUGUCUUCUUCUUAGCUAUCCAUUUCCCAACCGACUACCCAUUCAAGCCUCCAAAGGUCAACUUCACCACCAGAAUCUAUCACCCAAACAUCAACUCCAACGGAUCUAUCUGUCUAGACAUUUUGCGUGAUCAGUGGUCUCCUGCCUUGACAAUCUCCAAAGGUAAAACAACAUUCGCAUAAUCUCAGCUUUUAUCCACCGUACUAAAGAUACAAUACAGUUCUCCUUUCUAUCUGCUCCAUGCUUACCGAUCCUAACCCCGACGACCCUCUCGUUCCCGAAAUUGCACAUGUCUACAAGACCGAUCGUUCCAGAUAUGAGGCAACCGCACGAGAGUGGACUCGCAAAUACGCAAUCUAGACACCAGGACAAAUUGGCGGAAAUUUUCCCUUCUCUCUCGCGUUCUCUCCGGUGGUUUUUAGCUGGCGUCACAACAUGAACAAUUUGGUCUGGUUUUUUGUUCCUUUUACAAAUGGCAGCUGAUGGGAUGAGCAACGAAGGCGGCUUAUUUGGG